AGGUCGGUUGGGGACGGUCCUCCUCGAAGUAGCCCGCGAUGUCCCCACCAGACGACAGACCCCUCCGGGCGACAGACGGGCCUCGGGGUCGGAGCCGCGGGUUCCCGGUGCGGAGGAUGCGGGGCGGAGAGCCUGAGCUGCCUCGGGCCCCCUCGCAGCCCCGAGCCGCUCCAGCCGCAGCCGAGGCGCCGGCCACCAUGUUCAACCAGCAGCAGCAGCUCCAGCAGCUCCAGCAGCAGCAGCUGCAACAGCAGCAGCUGCUCCAGCUCCAGCAGCUGCUCCAGCAGUCCCCACCGCAGCCCCCCCUGCCCAUGGCAGUCAGCAGGGGGCUGCCCCAACAGCAGCCACAGCAGCAGCUCCUGAACCUCCAAGGCGCCAGCCCCGCCUCCCUCCUCAACGGCUCUGUGCUACAGAGAGCUUUGCUUCUGCAGCAGUUGCAAGGACUGGACCAGUUUGCAAUGCCACCAGCCACGUCUGACAGUGUCGGUCUCACCAUGCCCACGGCAACCUUGGGUAACCUCCGUGGCUACAACCUGCCAACCCCGAACCUGACGGGCCCCAGCCUCACGGUCCCCCAGCUGGCCACCCCAAACCUACAGCAGUUCUUUCCCCAGGCCACUCGGCAGUCCUUGCUGGGGGCCCCUCCUGUUGGGGUCCCCAUAAACCCCUCCCAGAUCAACCUUUCAGGGCGGACUCCCCAGAAACAGGCCCGCACCCCCUCCUCCACCACCCCCAAUCGCAAGGAUUCUUCUUCCCAGACGGUGCCCGUGGAAGACAAGUCAGACCCCCCAGAGGGGUCUGAGGAAGUUGUCGAGUCCCGAACAGACACACCAGAAGACCAAGAUUCCCCACCCUGCCCAGAUGGCAUCGCUAAAGAGAAACACACUGUAGCACCUGAGCCCGAGUCUUGUGAGGCAUCGGAGCCACCGGCUAAGAGGUCAAAGAGCUCGGAGUUGCCCACAGAGAAGGGGGCCCCUGGGCAGCUGCAGGCGAAAGUCCAGCCUCAGGCCCGGACCACGGCACCGAAGCAGACCCAGACGCCUGAGCUGCUGCCUGAGCCGCCGGAAGCCCGAGUGCUGCCACGAUUCCAGCCGCGGGUUCUGCAGAUCCAGGCCCAAGUGCAGCCUCAGACGCAGCCGCAGCCGCCGCCACCCCCGCCUCCAGGGGACACCCAGGCACGGCCCAAACUGCAGAAACAGGCACAGACGCAGACCUCUCCAGACCACUUGGUGCCGCAGCAGGUGCAGCCGCAGCAGGUGCAGAAGGAGGCCGAGCCACAGAAACAGGUGCAGCGCCAGGCACAUCCCCAGCCCCCUGGGCAGGCGCAGCCGCAGCAGCUGGCCCAGACGCAGACAUAUCCUCAGGUCCAGCCACCAGAGCAGCCACCAGGACAGCCUCCCGUGCAGCCCCCUGACCGGACUGAGGGGCAGCCUCAGACCUGGCCGCAGGUGUCCAUGCCAGCGUCGGAGCAAGCACCGGUUCCGGUUCGUUCCACGGUGGCGGAGACACCACCAGAUCCGAGAGACGCCGGAGCAGGCCUGAAGGAGGCCUCGCCAGAGCCAGGAGGCUCCCAGGUCAGCGUGGAGAGCCAGGAGGAGUUGACCAGCGGUCUGGAUGUGGGAGAAUGUGAAAAAAGGGCAAGAGAGAUGCUAGGGGUGUGGGGUGCCGGGGGCUCCCUGAAGGUCACCAUCCUGCAGAGCAGUGACAGCCGGGCCUUCAGCACAGUCCCCCUCACGCCCGUGCCCCGCGCGGGCGACUCCGCCUCCGCCACCCCUGCCUCCGCCAGCACAGCCUCGAAGCAGACCCUCCAGUUCUUCUGCUACCUUUGCAAGGCCAGCUGCAGCAGCCAGCAGGAGUUCCAGGACCACAUGGCGGGGGCCCAGCACCAGCAGCGUCUGGGGGAGAUCCAGCACAUGAGCCAAGCCUGCCUCCUGUCCCUGCUGCCCGUGCCCCGGGAUGUCCUGGAGAGAGAGGACGAGGGCUUCGUUGACCCAAAAUAUGUGCCCUCCUGGAGUCCAAAACUAGCUCUUGGGCUAAGAAGGCCUGGUGGAAGAGAGCCCCCGCCGAGGCGUUGGUGUAACACCUGCCAGGUCUACUACAUGGGGGACCUGAUCCAGCACCGCAGGACUCAGGACCACAAGAUUGCCAAGCAAUCCCUGCGACCUUUCUGCACUGUUUGCAACCGCUAUUUCAAGACCCCCCGCAAGUUUGUGGAGCAUGUGAAGUCCCAGGGGCAUAAGGACAAAGCCAAGGAGCUGAAGAUGCUUGAGAAGGAGAUCGCCGGUCAAGAUGAGGACCACUUCAUCACGGUGGACGCUGUGGGCUGCUUUGAGGGCGAUGAAGAAGAGGAGGAGGAGGAGGAGGAUGAAGAAGAAGAGAUCGAGGUUGAGGAAGAAUUCUGCAAGCAGGUGAGGUCCAGAGAUAUAUCCAUAGAGGAGUGGAAAGGCUCAGAGACCUAUAGCCCCAGUACUGCAUACGGUGUGGACUUCCUGGUGCCCGUGAUGGGGUACAUUUGCCGCAUCUGCCACAAGUUCUACCACAGCAACUCGGGGGCACAGCUCUCCCACUGCAAGUCCUUGGCCCACUUCGAGAACCUGCAGAAAUACAAGAAGGCCAAGAACCCCAGCCCUACCAGCAGGCCCGUGAGCCGCCGGUGUGCAAUCAACGCCCGGAACGCCCUGACUGCUUUGUUCACUUCUGGUGGCCGUGCGCCCACCCAGCCCAGCACCCAGGACACAGCUAAAACCCCCAGCAAGGUGACAGCCCAACCCCCUCCUCCCCCACUUCCCCGGCGUUCAACCCGCCUCAAAACCUGAUAGAGGGAGCUCCUCAUGCCCAUCCCGUCUGGGUCUAGGUCUGCUUUGCUUUUUAGAAGUCUGUGUGGAAAUUUUGACAUGGUUGGUGUUUUUACUGAAAAUCUAAUAAAAGAAGGUAGUUUGGCUGUA